AUGAAUAGCGAGCUGCUGUCUGGAGUGGAGUCGUCGGCAUGCGACGGCCGGUCCUGUCGCCAGUGGCACGUGCUGGUGCUGAACGCCGCCGGCGCCGAUCUGGGCCUGCCCGCGGACGCGCACGCGGUGGGUGUGCAGUCGAUGGGCGGGCUCGGCUCUGUGCCGCUCGUCUCGCACGUCGGCGGCCCCACGGUGGCGGCCAACCUGCAGCUGCCGGCGCCGCUGGCCACUGCCGUGACCGCCUCGGUGACGCUGGAGGUCGGCGCCGCCGGCCGGGUCGGUCUGGUCGGCGUGGUGCCGACCUCGCUGGAGGCCGGGCGCGCCGGCGGCGCCGUCACCGACCCGCUCCAGGCCGUCGGACAGGAGGCGGCUCGGCUGCGCGCCGCCGGCGUGGGCACCGUGCUGGCGCUGGGCCGGCUGGACGGGGAGACGGCGCUGCAGGUGGCGCAGCGGCUGCCCGGCCUGGACGGCCUGGUGAUACCCGGCGGACUGCGGCCGCACGCCGUGUACCCGCUGCCGGUGGGACGGGACGCGGGCGGCGCGCUGCCGCUGCUCGAGGCGCCGCUGGUCGCUGCGCCCGGCUACCUGGGCGUGGUGACUCUGACGCUGGCCGCCGACGGCCGGGUGUCCGGCUGGCGCGGCCGCGUGCUGCCGAUCCGGGCCCCGGCCCCGGCCCCGCCGCCGGCCGCCGCUCCACCAGUAGCCGCCGGGACAGGGUUCUGCCCGCCGGUCGCCGAUCAGGUGGGCGCGACACUCUCCGAGCUGGACGGCCGCAUCGACUCGUGCUCGCAGAGGGAGUGCUCGCUGGGCAGCACGCUGGCCGACGCGCUACUGCUGGCCGCUGUGACGCCGUCGGCCAGCUCGUGGAGCGAGGUAUCGCUGGCCGUGCUGAGUGCCGGCGCCCUGAGCAGCUCGCUGCCGCGCUGCGCCGUCUCCGAGGCCGACCUGGCGGCCGCCGUGGCCACCAACGCGACGGCGGUGACGCUCUCUCUGGCCGGCAUCCACCUGCGCCAGGUGUUCGAGGUGUCUGCGGCCGGCCGCGGCUCGGCGGCGUUCCUGCAGACGGCCGGCGUUCGUGUGGUGUACGACAUGACCCGGCCGGCCGGUCGCCGCGUCCGCCGGCUCGAGGUGCUCUGCUCGCAGUGUGUGACGCCGCGCUACGAGGAGGUGCGCGCCGGCGCCAUGUACCGGCUGGUGACCACCAGCUACCUGGCCGCCGGCGGACACGGCUACCGGGUGCUGCCCAGGCGCGGCCGCGCCGUGGCCGACUCGGGCCGGCCCGUGCGCGACAUCCUGCGCCACUACCUGCGCUCCCGGUCACCGGUGCCGCCGCCCACCGGCGGCCGCGUCUUCUUCUCCGGCCAGGACGGACCGGUGAGCGACCCGCCGGCGCGCUCACCAACCGCCUCUACCAGUACGGAGAGAACGACCACGGCCGCGGCGGCCGUCACUUCCACCGCGGCGCCACCUGCGGGCGGCACGCGGCCGGCCGAGACCAUCGGCGAGGCGCUGCAGUCGACCAGCGUGUCGCAGAUGGUCCUCAACUCGGCCCUCUGGAGCCUCAGCGGAUUCUUCAUGCUCGGAAUGAUGAUCACGGCAUUCUUUUAA